GUUUGGGGUUGGGGUUGGUGGGCUGAGCUGAGCUGGUGUGGUUCGGUUUGUGUGGUUUGGUCUUGUUUGGGUCGGAAGGGGGGAGGGUGACGAGAUGGGCGCGGCUUAUGAACUUAUGUUGAGGAGCUGGAACAGGUGCUCUACUCAGCUGGGAGGAAGGAGGGCAGGAGAUAGUAGGCAGAAGGGCAGGAGAUAGUAGGCAGAAGACAGGAGGCAGCAGGGCACGCAAAGGCAGAUGUCCGCACCGAAAGAAGGCAGCGAGUGACGGCUGGGCGGGCAGCAAUAUUAGAUAUGGUCGGAUCGAUGUUGGAUCUGUUCGUGAGUCGUGACCAGCUGGAAACCUUGGAGUGCACGCGACGGCAGAUGGCCGAAGCGAAAACGAAGGAAAAGAAGUAAAAACUCGGAGGGCGGGCGACGGCAAACAGCCAAGAGGAACAGAAGGCAACGAUUGACGGCUGGAUGGACACCAAUGGUCGGAUCGAUGGUGUUGUUGCGUCUGUUUGUGAAGAGUGCUGGAGCGAGAGAGAGGUCUGGCUCGAUUGAUCUCUGGGAGGGAGGGGAGACGUCGUGGCCUGGCCCGGGCCAAACGUCCACUUCAGUCUUUCUCCCCUCCGCCUCCGCCUCUGCCCAUCCUCCCUUACUUUGCCUUGUAGAUAGUCUCACUCCCUCCGCUUCCCUAUCCCCCUCCUGCUCUCACGUCCCUCCCCCCGUUCUGCUCUACUCUACUCAUCCUCCUCGAGGACAAUCGAGCUCUAUCACCGCCCCCCACCCGCCUGCCUUAUCCCCGGCUGCCUGGUCAACCCUCACAUCUUCUGCUGCCACUGCCGCUGUCACUGUCACGGCCACGGCCUCUGCCACUGCCGCUCACUCCUCCAACUCGGCCACUCCUCCAACUCGGCCACUCGUUCACUCGUUCCCCCAUUCACUCUGCACCAUCCCCAUUCACUCCUUCAGUCUCAGUCAAUCGAUCAGCCAUUCACCCGCUCAGUCGUUGAGUCGUCCGUUCCUUCACCUUCCCUUCUCAUCUUCCCUACUCUAUCAGUCAUCAUCGUCACCAUACAUACCGUCCUCUACACAUUACCAGCAUCAUUAGCCCCCUCCCUCCCCUCCCCGUAAUCAUCACCACAUUUUGCCAGGUCUUCACGACCACCAUCGUUCCUACCGCGAGUAUACUUGGGCAGAGCACAGUAGACUCCCCUUCACUCGCUCACUCGCUCACUCGCUCGCUGCUCACUCUUCACCUUCGCCCUCACUUCGCCACCUCAUCCUCAUCCUCAUCCUCCUCCUCCUCC